AUGACCAGCCUUCUAGCCCAGGAGAUUCCAGAGAUGCCUCCUCCUUUGGAGAAGGACAGGACUGGUGGAGUGUAGUCCCUGUCCCUGGAGGAAGCCAGCAAGCUGAUCCAGGUGUCGGAGCGUGCACGGCAGGACCGGCUGAGGGCAAAGUUCAUGAAGGAGAUUCACUGUGACGAGGAGAGACAGAGGAGAGCCAAGGAGAGGGGCACGGUGGGGGCAGACCUGGACCAGGCAGUGACCUGCAUUCAGAAUGUGUGGAAAGGUUUUAUACAGAGGAAGAACUCAAGGAGAGAGCGGGAUGAUGAGAUGAUCUUUACCGGGAUAGCUCUGGGUCCCUGGCACAUCCAGCCCUGUCCAGCGACAGUCACUGCCCAGUCCACUAAGGAACACAGACAGCACAGGCAGGGCGAGCAUGAGCGGGAGACCCAGAUGGUGCUGGUCAGUGUCAACAAUAAUCUGCAAGAGGUGGAGGGACCAGAUAUGAGGCAGACCAUGAAGGACCAGAUCUGCCAGUGGUGUCAAUAA